CAAGACCUUAUAUCGAACUCCCUAACCAAAUCACCAUCAUCAAUGCCACGAACCAUCCUCCCAUCCCUCUUCGAAACCCUCUCCUUCUACCUAAUCCCAUCCCCAGAAUGGAGCCCCUUCUGGUAUAAUCUAUAUGAAUGGUUAGGAACCUGCAUGAUUGUGUGGAUUCAGCUCUACUUCUUCGGCAUGUCGACUGAUAUCACUAUCCAACUUGUCGGCUUUAUUACCAUGCAUCUUGUUACAUUCCCUAUUGUAGCUUGGCAUGCUUACUAUGGUGAUGGUUGGACGGAGGAAGCGGUGGAUAUGUGUUUGGGGAUUGUCCCUGUGUUGGGUUUGGAUGUGGUUACUGUUUGGUUGGUGUAUUGGAGGGGGAGGGGGGGAUUGGUAGAUGAGGAAUUAGGAGGGAAGGAUUGA